AUGACGGGCAAACGGGACAAGCACGACAAAAACCAGCAGUCGGCAAAUGGUCAGCCGAUGCAACAACAGUUUAUCCGCCCGCCUUUGCUUCAGCAAGCACCGAUGCAGCCAAAUCCGUAUUCGCAGUGGUUCCAGCAGCAGCAAGGUUAUGUAACAGAUCUUUUUCGGCAGCAGCAAGAGGCUAUUAAUCGUCAACGGGAAGCGAUGCAGCAGCAGCAGCAGGCAUUUAUGCAUCAGCAAGAGGAAAUUAUGCGUACCAUUAUGUUAUCGAUCCAGGUACAGGUACCGCCAAAUCCGAAGGUGAUUCUAGAUUCACUCGCUAACAACAUUAAGGAAUUUAGAUACGAUCCGGAAAACAACGUAACAUUCGCGGCGUGGUACAAACGCUACGAUGACUUGUUCGAAAAAGAUGCUAAUCGCUUUGACGAAGGUGCUAAAGUCCGACUGCUCAUGCGGAAGAUGGGAAUGUCGGAAUACGAGCGUUAUGUGGCAGGCACGCCAUCGUAUGUAGAUUCGCUGAAAGGUGAAUUUCCUGAAGUGUUCUGUGGUGAGCUAGGAGUUUGUACGAAGACGAAAGUUAGUUUGGUACUCAAAGCUGGAAUGUCACCUGUGUUUAGACCAAAGCGUCCGGUUGCAAUGUAUCAAGCAGUUGAUGAUGAAUUAGACCGCCUCGAGCGGAAGCAAAUCAUUACACCUGUUGACUACUCGGAGUGGGCUGCGCCGAUAGUUGUGGUGCGCAAGGCGAGCGGUGCCGUACGUAUUUGUGGAGACUACUCCACCGGCCUCAAUAACGCGCUACAACCAAAUCAAUACCCACUUCCCUUGCCACAGGAUAUUUUUGCAAGUCUAGCGAACUGCACUGUUUUCAGCCAGAUCGAUUUAACAGAUGCUUUUCUACAAGUGCUGGUAGAUGAGAACUCGCGUAACCUUCUCACUAUUAACACACACCGUGGUCUAUACCAAUAUAAUCGGUUGCCACCCGGUGUAAAAGCUGCGCCUGGAGCGUUUCAGCAAAUUAUUGAUGCAAUGCUAGCAGGCCUGCCAUGCAUAUGUGGUUAUUUAGAUGAUGUAAUUGUGGGCGCCUACUGA